AUGUCUCCGUUAGGCCAUAAAUGGGACGACUCGAAACUAAAAAAUAAGUCAGCCUACCUUUCAAGCGUUGGCCUUUGGACGGCUUGCCGAGAGUCGAGAGAAGUUGUCGCCAAAGACUGGGACAAACAGCCUCGACCAUAUAACGACUACGAUAUAUAUUACUGCUGCUCAAGAGAAAAAGCCAAUUAUUACUAUGACCAUUUUUGGCCAGAGGAUGAAGGGAUGUCAAAAACCUUCAUGUUUUGCUCUAAAAUCGAAGGCGAGCACUGGCAUCAAAAUGUUCACCUUGAGCAAGAUCUAUUCUGCAUCGUUUCAGACGAUUGGGAGUUCGUGGCCCACAAUUGGGAGAGUUGCGCUAACUUGAGCCCUGGUUCCAUUGGCUGUAACAACAUUGCUGUCGAAUUUGACGAAUCCUGGAAUCUCGCCCUUGAAAACAAGAUGAACGUAUAUCCCGCCGAGGUUCCUGCUUCAUUGGAGUUCCUGCUGCGGUUGCUUUUCGAACGCGUGGGCGACCCAAGCUGGAAUCCGAUGAUCAAGCUGAUUGUCAGGGACAAGGACUGGAUCUUGCUGCGUCCUACUGAUGGAUUUCAGAUCCGCGAUAUCGAUGAAGAGUAUCUCGAAGUGCCAGCUGACGAGGUUGAAUCGAGCUAUCAUCGCGACCAAGAAAGAAUAGAUCUCGUCGGAGACAACUCCCUUUUCCUGUUCUUUGAUUAUCUUGAUCAACUAUUUUACGACGAUCUACUGGAUCUCUACUGCGAGGACAAUUGCACGAGCCCUGGGUAUGAAGAAAGCCUGCGUGAUGGCUGGUUCAACAUCCGAGAUAGCUUCUCUAUACUCGUUCCUCGAAGCAAUCAAGUUGAAAAGUGA